AUGAUUGCAAUAAUUGGUGCAUUAACAUCAAUCGCUGAAUUAAGAUCAACUGGUGGAUCGGAUGGACGUAGAUAUGCCGUCGAUUUAGUCAAACCCAGGACUGUUUUCGAGAUUCAUUUAAUACAUGAAGUUCUACGUCCACCUAUGAAAUUCUUACGACAAAUCGAACAAAGGAGAGGUUGUCUGGAUAAUUUUUCAAUCGCUCUUAUUGCUGCACGUGCCAAGAUCGAACAAACAAUGACAAAUUUCGAUUAUGAUUCAUUAAAUGAAACAUUAAACUCUGUUAAAAAUUUUCAUUCCGUAUAA